UACUGCAGAAUCAGCAGCAGUAGGAGGAGCCAAUAAUCGUCGAUCAUGUCCAUCAUACACACACUCCCUCUCUUCUUCACCUUCCUUCUCCUCUCCCAAGCUCAACCGCCCUCCGGUGCUCCCUCACCGUCACCGCCAUCCGAUGCUCCCUCACCGUUACCGCGCUCAUCCACUGUUUGUAUUAUCGGCGCCGGCAUCGGUGGUUCCUCUGUCGCUCACUUCCUCCGCGAGUACACUCCUCACUCUUCCGACUUCCCAACAAAAAUCCUCGUCUUCGAGCGCCGCACCAUCGUCGGCGGGCGUAUGGCUACCGUCACAAUUGCCGGCGACACGUUCGAGGCCGGUGCCUCCAUCCUCCACCCUAAGAACUUCCACGCCGUGAAUUACACCAAAAUUCUGGACCUCAAGGUGAAGCCACCGUCGUCGGAGUCGAACUCCAUCGGGAUCUGGAACGGAGAGAGGUUCGUUUUCAAAACGGUUAAGAUCGGCUCUGAUAUCCCGCUUGUGAACCAGCUUCUCAAACUGCCAUUGAUCGAUUAUAUCGUCUCCAAUCUUGUGUCCCUCGUUAAUUCGGUGCUCUUGUUUUUCCGUUACGGUUUCUCGCUUCUGAAGAUGCAGAGCUUCGUUGAGAGUGCUGUUAAUAGGUUCUUGAAGUUCUAUGAAGUUCCUGGUUCGAGGCCUGUGUUUGAGACAGUGGAUGAGAUGCUGAAAUGGGCUGGUUUAUAUAACUUGACGACAAGGACCUUGCAGGAUGAAUUGACCGAUGUUGGCAUGUCUCCAUUGUUGAUCAAUGAACUUGUCACGGUUAUCACACGUAUAAAUUAUGGCCAGAGUGUCUUGAUGAGUGGGCUGGCUGGUGCAGUUUCUCUGGCAGGAUCAGGUGGCGGACUAUGGGCCAUUGAGGGAGGCAACUGGCAAAUGGCUGCUGGACUGAUCAAUCAGUCUGAUGCUGAAUUGCACUUGCAUGAAGAAAUAGUAUCCAUUGCUAACCUUGGUGAUUAUUAUGAACUCAGCUCCACAAAAGCAAAAAGUUAUUCCUGUGAAGUUGCUGUGGUUGCUACCCCAUUGGAUGAGUUGAAUAUUCAAUUUAGUCCCCCCGUUUCAGUUCCUAAAAGAAAAUUACAGCACACACAUACAACUUUUGUUAGGGGAUGUUUAAAUCCUGUAUAUUUUGGUCUCAGCCGUGCAACGAAAAUUCCAGAACUUGUUGGCACAUUGGAGGAUCCUAACAUUCCAUUUUCAAGCAUUUCAGUUCUCAAGAAGCACAAUGAAAAAGAAUCCACUUUUAAAAUAUUCUCUCGACAACCAAUGGCAGACACAUUACUGGAUAAAAUCUUCAGUGCGAGGAAUGAGACUAUACGGAUAGAUUGGGCUGCCUACCCUCAUUACAAGCCCCCAGAAAUAUUUGCACCGUUUAUAUUGGAUGGGCAGCAUUUGUACUAUGUGAAUGCAUUUGAAAAUGCAGCAAGCACCAUGGAGACGAGUGCUGUAGCAGCUGAGAACAUAGCCCGACUCAUAGCAUCAAGAUAUUUUGGCAAAGUAAUUGCGUAUCCAUCUAAUAAAGCUACUGCCAGUUCUCAAGCAGUGGAUGCUCAUUUGGAUUUGUGAAUAUGCAGUGGCUGUAAGAUAUUGUUAGGUAAUUGAACUUGAAGUUCAUCAAGUUUAAGUUAUGUUGUAAUUUUGUAUAUUAUGUUAAAUGAAGGAAUGUACAAAGACUGGACAAUGUAGAAUUUCUCUUCUCUUGUAUUUUCUCAGAUAAUAAUGAAUGGGUAGUGAUUUUGAUUGUUGAGGA